UUUCCUUCCGGGAGCCUCUUUGCAAACAAGCUGGGUCCCGGGGCUCGUGCAGGGAAGGAGAGGCAGAGACUUAGCGCGCUGCUUGAGGUUUUGUUGCAAGUGUGCAACCACCACCAGCAGCGAUCCGUGAUGUCUCGCUUCUUCCAAAGUGUCUCUGCUAAGCGCACAGAGAGCCAAGGUGGACCAGGCGUGGAAGAGCAGCACUUGAGGCAAUGGGGGCUGGUAGGCAUUCAUCUACGCCCCUAUCAGAUGGAAGGAGUAAACUGGCUGACACACUGCUAUGAAACCUGGCGCGGCUGCAUCCUGGGUGAUGAAAUGGGCCUUGGGAAGACUUGCCAGGCUAUUUCUCUGCUUGUUGUCUUAAGUGGGAAGCUUAAUAAAAGGCCGUUUUUGAUCCUUUGCCCUCUGUCUGUGUUGAACAACUGGAAGCAGGAACUAGAAAGAUUUUCUCCAAGCCUUUCCCUCGUGACGUAUUCAGGAAACAAGGAAGAAAGAACUGAGCUACAGCAGGACUUCAAAUCAAAUCAUGAUUUCCACAUUCUGCUGACUACUUACGAGGUGUGCCUUAGAGACGCAGCAUUUCUGAAACGUUUCAGCUGGGCUUGCCUUGUUGUGGACGAAGCUCACAGACUGAAGAAUCAGGAUUCACUACUUCACAAAGUACUCUCUGAGUUUACAACGGGUUUUAACCUCCUGCUGACGGGCACUCCCAUUCAGAACAGCCUCCAAGAGUUAUAUGCCCUGCUUGCUUUCAUUGAACCGGCUACGUUCCCCAAGGAGCUGAUGGAAGAAUUUGUUCGCUAUUAUCAUGGAAUUGAAAAGGAAAGUAAAGUAGCCAAAGAACUGCACAGUCUCUUGCAGCCCUUCUUGCUCAGAAGAGUGAAGGCUGAUGUGGCAGCCGAACUCCCCAAGAAAGAGGAGGUGGUUCUCUACCACGGGGUGUCAGCCUUGCAGAGAAAGUUUUACAAGGCUGUUUUGAUGAAAGACAUAGAUGCAUUUGAAAAUGAAUCUGGGAAGAAAGCGAAGCUCCAGAAUGUGUUAGUUCAGCUCCGGAAAUGUGUAGCUCAUCCAUAUCUGUUCAAUGGUGUUGAACCAGAACCCUUUAUCAUCGGGGAUCAUCUCAUUGAAGCCAGUGGGAAGCUGAGCUUGUUGGAUAAACUUCUGUCUUUCUUAUAUGUAGGUGGUCAUCGUGUUUUGCUGUUUUCCCAAAUGACGCAGAUGCUGGAUAUCCUGCAAGACUAUAUGGAUUACAGAGGUUACAGCUACGAGCGCCUGGAUGGAUCUGUCCGAGGUGAAGAGAGGCACCUUGCCAUUAAGAAUUUUGGCCAGCAGCCCAUUUUUGUCUUCCUCCUCAGCACGAGGGCAGGUGGAGUUGGCAUGAAUCUUACGGCAGCAGACACAGUUGUUUUUGUUGACAGUGACUUUAACCCUCAAAAUGACCUACAAGCAGCAGCAAGAGCCCACAGAAUCGGCCAGAACAAGCCUGUAAAAAUUAUUCGUUUGAUUGGGAGAGACACUGUAGAAGAAAUAAUCUACCGGCGAGCGGCGUCAAAGCUCCAGCUAACCAGCACCAUUAUCGAAGGGGGCCAGUUUGCGCUCGGAGCACAGAAAUCGCAGGCGGAAGCAGAUAUUCAGCUGAGCGAAGUCCUGAAAUUUGGCUUGGACAAACUGUUGUCGUUGGAUGGAAGCACCAUCUGUGAUGUGGACCUGGGAAGCAUCCUUGGGGAGACAAGAGAAGGAUUAUGGCUGAUGGAAACUCUGCUGUCUCCCGCAGAAGGAAAUGUAGAAAAUGAAGAGCAAAAUGCAGAAAGCCACAUGUACCUAUAUGAAGGCAAAGACUACUCAAAGGAACCUAGCCACGAAGACCAGAAGGCCUUCGAUCUUCUGCUGAGUCUUCAGAAAUGUCUUCUUGAAGAUGGAGGUCAGGAAGGAAGAGCUCUCCGAAAUAAAGCAAAUGUUCUUGUCAUGGGCAUUCAGCCGGGACCCAGCAAGAAGCGGCGUAAAUUGAGCCCAGAAGAACUGGCGGCUCGGCAGAGGAAACUGCAGGAGGCAGCAGCCGAGAGGGCCAGGCUCAGGGAAGAGAAGAAGCGGAAGAAGGCAGAAGCUGAGCACCAGAAGAAGAUGGCCUGGUGGGAAGCAAAUCACUACAGGUCUUACUGCCUGGAGUCAGAAGAGAGCAGCGAAGAGGAGAUGGAAAGAGAUUUAGAAAGUAGGAUGGAUGCGGAUUUGGAUUACGCAGACCCUGACUUGAGCUCCAUCAAGUAUGUUAUAGGUGAUGUUACCCACCCCUCUGCAGUAGAAGAGGAUGCCAUCAUUGUGCAUUGUGUAGAUGACUCGGGCCGUUGGGGAAGAGGAGGCUUGUUCACAGCUCUGGGGAAUCGCUCUGACCAGCCAAGGAAAAUAUAUGAACUGGCAGGAAAGAUGAAAGACUUGACCUUGGGAGGAACUCUGUUAUUCCCCAUCGAUGAUAAGGAAUCCAGAAACAAAGGACAAGACUUGCUGGCCCUUAUUGUUGCACAGCACCGAGACCGUUCGAACAACUUGUCUGGAAUUAAGCUCCCUGCUUUGGAAAGGGGGUUAAAGAAAAUUUAUCUGGCGGCCAAAGAUAGAGAUGCAAGCGUCCACCUGCCCCGCAUUGGAUACUCAACCAAAGGUUUUAAUUGGUAUGGGACAGAGCGUCUCAUCCGGAAGUACUUGGCAACAAAGGGCAUCCCCACAUUUGUAUACUACUUCCCUAGAAACAAGGCAUCAUCUUCACAAGCAUCCACAACAUCAGCAUCAUCGCUGCAACCGUAAAGGUGUU